AUUAGUCAGCGGUGCACAUUCCAGCUCUGACAAGAAAGGUUAAACAUGAUUGUUGCUGUAUCACUGAAAUAUUAAUUUAUCAGAUGUCUGUCAGCCGUCACAGCCAAACAAUGAGAGUAGACCUGAAGAGGAAGUUUGGUGAGGUCCAUGACAGCCCUUGCUAUUCUUCCUCUCCUGUGUCCUCAAUCUCUUCCGCUGCCUCCUCAGAGUGGGAGUCUGAUGGGGAGAGCAGCUCCUCAGACAACCUGGACUUCAUACCGCAUAGCCCCACUUCAAUAACCAGUUUACCCAUUCAGUCCAUCCUCAAGAAGACCAAGCUGACCAGCGGACAGAACAGUGUACGCUUUGACCUGGUGAUGGUGUUCAGUUUCUCUCGGUGCCAGGGCUUCACCAGCGUGCCCAGCCAUGGAGGUGCCACACUGGGCAUGGCACAGAGGCACAGCGCCUUCCAGAAGUACACUGUAGCAGAACAUGCACAGGAGCAGCAGCACAGACGCAGAGAAAGGCUCCAGGAAAAGCUGACUGACCAAAGACAGGCAGCCAGGCUCACAGGGGAGCCUGACCCAGAUACUGACAACCACCUGAGUGAUGCUGAGGUGGAGGGAGGAGGUGUCCUGCAGCCUUACUCCUCCAGACAAAGGCAGCUUCUCCUCCAGGUGGCAGGGGUGAAGCAUAUUGACAAGGAGGAGAAAAGGCAGCUUCAUGCCCUGCGUCUCUCCAGGGAGGCCUGUGGAUGUGACUGUCAGGGUUUUUGUGAACCAGAGACCUGCACAUGCAGCCUGGCAGGCAUUAAGUGUCAGGUGCAGCAGAAUUCACCAGCAGAAAAAGCAGGACUGCAGCCCUUUUUUGACUUCAUUCUGUCUCUGGAUAACAAAAGACUUAACCAGGACAAUGAUAUGCUGAGAGAUCUCCUGAAGGCCAACAUGGAGAAGGCGGUGACCAUGGAGGUGUACAGCUCCAGAACCACGAGGGUUCGUGAGCUGGAGGUGGUGCCCAGUAACAUGUGGGGAGGACAGGGCCUGCUUGGUGCCAGUGUUCGCUUCUGCAGCUACCACGGAGCCAGUGAGAAUGUCUGGCACGUCCUGGAUAUGGAGGUCAGCUCACCUGCUGCACUGGCAGGACUGCAGCCCCAUACUGACUAUAUUGUUGGAGCAGAUCAGGUUUUGCAAGAUUCAGAGGACUUCUUCUCGCUGAUUGAGGCCCAUGAAGGGAAGCCCCUGAAGCUGCUGGUGUACAACACCCAAGCAGAUGCUUGUAGAGAGGUGGUGGUCACACCAAACGGAGCAUGGGGAGGAGAAGGAAGUUUGGGUUGUGGCAUUGGUUAUGGCUACUUGCACCGAAUUCCAGCCUUUCCCGAAGCAUCGCCAGUGAUGUCGUCCUUCCAAGUCCCUGAGGAGAAACCCACCGCAGAAGAGAAACCUGCUGAGGAGAUACCUUCUGUAGAGGAGAAACCUUCUUCAAUAUUGCCAACACAUGGAUUCACAGAGGCUUCUCUGAUGGCACCUUCAGGCCAAAGUGAGGAUGUGGUUGAUCUUGAAGAUGUCACUAUUGAUGAAACUGCACCACCACUGCUCAGCACUGAAGUCGGGGAUCUCGCUGAGUUCACAUAUGUCUCUGAUUCUGAGGUAGCAAUGAGGAGCACUGAUGCUGCAGAUUCAGUGGACAAACUGGAUCAUUCUGUAUCAUCCAUCGACCUGAGUAAUAACUCCUUGGCUAUUCAUGAUGAGAAGGACAGUGAAAUCUCUGGUGUUGAGGAGCUGGCAGACAACCAGCCACCCUCAUCAGCAGCAGAGAAUCAGAAUGAGCCACAGCGUCUGAGCUUGCACACCGUCAACGUCAUUCCUGCUCUCGUGUCCUCCACCACUUUGUCUGAUUCAGGCAUUGCUCCAGCUGAGCUGGAGUCCACAGACCUGCUCAGCUCUCGUGAGUCCGAAGACCCCCCAAGUCCACCAAAGGCCGUGCAGUCUUACCCAUCAAAGUUUCCUGACGAUCCUGCUGAGGUUCAUGCGCUGACUGUCGGUCCUCCUUUUCCAUCUCCUGUGGAUCUCUUUCCACGCUUGUCCGAGUCCACGACACAGGAUUCUCCUGCUGAUGCCAGCACAGAGUCUCCUGACUUAAGAUCAGUGGAGGAGUCUGCGGAGCCCCAGUUUUUAUCAGCAGCUCACCAGUGUGGCUGACAAAGCGAUGGGGAGACGUUAGAGGAGCUCACUAUGGAGCCGCCAUCCAAAUAGGUGUGUUGGGUCAUAAAGAAAUGUGAGAACAGAAGUUGACAAUCACUGGGCUUUGAGGAGAAACGCUACAGCGGAGACGCAGGGAACACAACCCUGUCAAAGUUAGUACUGAUGGUCUGAUUAGUUACAGGGACCAAAAAGCACUGCAGUUUUACAUGUUAGAAUUUAUAGUUGCUUCUGAUUUAUUAUAAUUUAUAAAAUUUAACUGGAACUGGUACUUUUGUCUUUGUCCACGGACAAAAGUAGCAUGAGCGGGAUUUGAAUCCAGGUCUGCAUAUUGGCAGGCCAACUCCUAAUCCACAGAAUGACCUGCUGUAGCGGUGUGUACCAAGGCAAAUUCCAAAAAGUGUCCAAAUAUUUACAGAUCUGACAACUGAGAUAUUACUUUAUUAUUGUGGUACACUAAUGAAGUAUGUACAGUACAUACUUGAAUGCUUCCAAAGAUGCACAUCAGUUUUUUAUAACUACUACAUACUACUGCAGAGUACAGCAGCAACUUUAUACCUGGAAGUUACCAGACUGUUUGCAUUUUAAAUUGGUUUCCAUCACCUUGGUGCGGUUAAAAACUUAAAACGUCUUUCAGAAAGCGACACUACAUAUUUUUCUUCAAAAGUUAGUGUAAUUAUAGAGCAUGCAGGGAUGCUUAUUUUGUGGUACCUGUUGUAUUUUAAAGUUUCUGCUAUGGUAUGAGGGCAUUAUUCACUCAUUCAUACAUUUGUAAAAGGUUGGCAUAUUUGGAACACUUUAUUUAGGUGCAGCCUGUUCAGUUGAAAUUAUAAUUUUAGUCCCAAUGUCAAUCAAAAUUUCACUUGUGAUCUAUGCAAUUGUAGACAACUUUAAUCUCAUGUCGACACUAUGUAAAACAUCUGGUAAUGUCGCGAUGCUGCUGUUACACUUUAUUUUUAAUUGCAGUGGGUCAGGUUACUGAUUUUUCCACGUUCAAAGUAGGUGCUAAUGUGUAAAAUAAGGAAAAGUAUUUUUGCAGCUAUUUUAAUCAGUGUAUUGUGUUUUAUUGGGAAUGAAUACAGACUGUGUGAAAUGGGUGAAAUCUUUGAUUAAACACUUUAAA